AUGAUUCGACGGCGGCUCUGUUUUGUCUCCCGCCCAACAAAAGCGGCCUCGGUUUCUGUGACGCUCUUCUCGGUGCAGCGGCAAAAAGGCGGCCUGCACACUUUUAUUAGGGACGCGCGAUCCUCCAGCUUCACUACGCCCCAUCAGGCGAGUCACGCGGAGGGGGGGCACACAUCGUCUUCGUUGAAUUCGACGGACUGGGCGACGCAAAUGCAACGGGAGCUCUUUGGUGAGACCGACCCAUUGGGUGGACAGGCACACAAGGACUACUACCGUGACCCUGCCCGUGGUUACAGUCCACAGUAUGCACCGCGCAAUUUUGCUGAGGGCGGCGCCAUAUCGUAUCAUCACGCACAGAGUCCGAUGGAGUACGCUGAGGCCACACAUCGUCGCAGUUGGCUUGACCACGACGUUUCACGAAUGGAAGCGGCAUUUCAAGAGCAGCGGGCUUUGCUACGGGGGAUGGAAAGUGCCACGGAGCGUGAUGAGUUAGCACGGCGUUACGCAGCAGAACACCACGUGGCCGACAUCUUGGUGGAAAAUCAAUCUCUUCUCCCCUCGACUCAGGUGCACCACAGCACGAGCACCAGCGGAAGUGCACUCCGUCAACAAGCGGUGGUGGACCGGUUUCAAAUUGCGGAUCAGCAGUCACCUCUCGCCACUUCCGAUGGCAUGGGGCGCGAGGAACUUGCACACACCUAUCGAAUGCGUAGCGAAACGGUACACAACGAUUGGAUCGAGGAAAAUCUUCGCAUUGUUCAUGGUUUACGAGAAAAGGAGAAGUAUGACUUUACCGUCCUGCAGCGUGCUACCCGCAUUCCCUUUCAAGGCUACGAUAUGGAUCGGUUUCUCGCACAACAAAAGGGAACUCCGUAUGGCGCCCAGGCGUUGCCUCCUAACACAGCCAGCUCAACUAUGGAAGAGGCACAGCGAACCCUGCGAGAUCCGACGGCAACCGUGCCAUCUUUUGAGGCCAUCUCUCUGAAGGCCUUUGCGAGAAAUACCGUCCGUGAUCAUCCCACCACGGGUGAGGAACUAACGCAGGAGGUUGUGGACACCAUUCGUACUAGUCGAGAGGCAUCGGAGUGGCAGCGUGAACAAGAACGAGCGCAGCGAUUUGGUCUUGGUCGACAAGGUGCUUUGGUGCAAGACGGGGGACCAGACAAGCGCACCCUAAAGAAGCAUGUAAACGAUGAACGCAUUAUGGAUGCCAUGUUUUUCCGUUCUGACGCCUACCGUAAGACACAGACGGAUGAGCACUGGAACCCAUAUAUACGACAAGACACCACGCAUGGCGUCGCGCAUCUUCUUAAUAAUAAGUUUGACAUUGCGCGUCGUGAGGAUCGUCUUUCAAAGGGCGAGCAGGAUCUUACAGAACGCAGUGUGAUGCACUUUGGUGUUCCUAUUCAGCAAACCAUUGAUGAGUUUGUGUUUCGCCACCGCAAUGCCCGUGGGGAGCGGCCGCUGGACUACUUCAAGCCAUUUCCUGGCUUUCGUGAUUUUCGGCUGAACCGCAUGUACCGCGAUGUGGAGGGAUUUUCACUCAUGAAGCAGCGGCCGGAGUUUCUUGAAUGGGAACUCUUUACUCGAUAUCGCGCGCACCACCAACAGCGACGCCAAAUUGCCCUUCUCCACGGCUUAGAGCCUGUUGCGAAUGAAACGGCGCAAGAGCGGGAUGCACGACGUGAGAAGUUAGAUGAAAUUUGCGAACGCACACCGUUUGAUGAAAGAGAGUUGCACACAAACGAUGACGAGAUGCAAGUAAGCGGGGAAACUUUACGCAGUUGGUUUGGCGUAUACAUGCUUCCUUCCCCCACCGUUGUGGAGGCGGUUGUAGGGGCCUCCGCCUCUGUCAACUUACACCUGUUUCCUCUUGCCGAUGAGAUGGGCACGGCAGACACUCGAGAGAACGUGUUGAGUAGUCGUUAUUUUAACCGACUUCUCCUUAUGGAGGGAUUUCAAAACCGUAUUAGUCGGGCGUUUAUGGGCAAUGUGAGUGGGAAGGCACCGGAGCCUGUCGUGCAGUACAUGCAGCCACCGGAGGUUCUUCGCCACUUUACGGCGGAGGAGCGGGCAAUGUAUGAGCAAUACGUGAAGGAACAAACAUCAAAGCAGCUUGGUGAAUGGGCCACUGCCAUGCGACGGCGUCGCUGGAUACCGGAUCGGCAACAAUAUGGCCACGUCGUGGCACAAGGCUACGGGGUCUCAGUGGUGGAUCUUGAACACGCUGAUACCGCCGCCGUCCUGACAGUCUCAGCGAAGGCGUUUGAAAGGGAGUUGGCUGCGGCCAAGGGAAACACCAGCCACAUCAUCAUGGUGGAGGGACAGGCUUACAAACUAAGACCCGAUUCAGAACGUUUUGUGGUGCCUCUUUCUGUUCGGCUGGAGUCAGGAGAGGUGUUGGAUAUGACGGAUGAGGCAUUUGGACGGUAUGAACUGGAGUUAUUGCCACGGAACGUCAAUCACGCACUUAACUACGGUAUUGGUGAUUAUGCAUACAAUCGCGGGAACUACAUUGAAACGCAGGAUGUGAUUUGGGAGGAACAAACCGCGUCGGGCGAGGAAGGCUGGUCGCCUGCGACGCACGCAGAUGGUUUGCGGGUAGGAUUACCCGUUCGGGCGCGGCGUCAUGUUGGCAUGAAUGCAAAUGGAUCACGUAUUGUUAGUACCCCACAACGUGCGGUAAUUGUUGCGUACGAUCGACAGCCAUUCUUUAACCCUGAACCGCGGCUGGUGCGCGUUGCAUUUCAGUCCGAUGGUGCCGUGGAGGAGGUGCCGUUAGCGAAUAUCAUGAUUUGGCAAAGACGCUAUCAUGGGCCCGAGCGCACCGUUGGCGACGAGUCACGGCGGUUCAGUCCGGCAAGUCUACGGCGGUACAUUGAUGUCUCAGAUCCUUUUAACGAAAAGACAUCGAAGGGGGAGCAUUUUUUGGACAAGUAUGAGGCGGCACGCACCUCCGAGGUGGCUGCCGGCAAGUAUCGCACCACGAAGCAGAUCACGGAGAUUGAUCAGUGGACACGGUUUGACGUUUCCAGAGCGGAUAACUUCCGUCCGCUGAGUAUUUCUCAUCGCCGGGAUUAUAUUCGACUUGGUUACAUGCACCGCUACACUCCGUGGGAAUGGAUUGCCGUGCAGGAGGCCGAUCAACCACUCAUUGCGGAGCAAAUCCGACAGGACAAUAUUGGCACGAGCUACUUCUUUUCACUGAAUCGUUACUGGCGGUAUAAGGCGCGGCCGCAUGGAUACAUCCGUCAUUUUGACAAUGAGGUGAGGGAUUUAUUCCAGUUUGUUGACGGUGUCACACCGUGGAAGCAGGCGCAGAAGAUUCGGACGUAUUGGGAGGUGCGUGCUCAUCAUCCCAUGCCACAGUUCAACCGCCCGGAGGUGGCGAUGCAUCGCAACACCGUUGGUUUGCUUCCCGCGCACAUGUGGGAGACGGACAAGAAGACCGGCAAGGUGAAGGCGGUGAAGGACUCCGUCAGGGAUUAUCAGACGAAGACACCACUGCCGAAGUGGGUACAGCUCUAA